UCGUCUGCAGUUUCCAGUUCAGACUCGUCCUCUGAUCAUGAAGGUUGUUUCUCCUCAUGGCGACUUCAAUGCAGCUGCUGGUUCUGGUUCUGGUGUCAGGAGUUUCUUACACAUUUUCUGAUCAGAUCGACAUCACAGUGAAACCUGGACAGGAAGCCAUCCUACCAUGUCGGCUUACGAACAGCAAACUUAUCAAAGUAGUAGACUGGACCAGGGAUGAUCUGGGUUCAGAUUCUGUUCUUCUGUACAGAAGUUCACAGUUUGUCACAGAUCAGCAGCAGUCCUUUAAGGACCGGGUGGAUCUGAAGGACAGACAGAUGAAGAAUGGAGACGUGUCUCUGGUUCUGAGGAACGUGGCGCCUGAAGACAGAGGAACAUACAAAUGUCAAGUCGUUUAUGAUGAAGCAAACAAAAGGAAUUUAAAACACGUCUGCAUCGUCAACCUGGAAGUUGCUCGAGGUUCAAGGAUCCUCGUAGGCAGAGGAAGCAGAGCCGGAUCUUCUGGACCAGUGAUCGGACUCACAGUUCUUCUACUUCUUCUCUUUAUAGGCUGAUUUAGAUUUAAUGGGUUUUAGAAUCAUUUAUAAAGCUUAGAGGUAAAAA